AUGGCCUUCACCACGAUGUGCCGCGUCCUCGACAUCAUCUUCUGCACAGAUGUGCAAUGCUUCCUCGCCCGCCGCCGCCCCAAGGUACUCAAGGAGUACUAUUGCAGCAACAAUGAGUCCGGCGGUAUGUCUAGCGCCAGUACUGUCAUCGAUAUCAGGAAGCAAUUGAGAGCUAACGCGAGCCGUAUGAAAGACGUCCGCAUCGCCAACAGGUGCCGUCGCACCUUCAGACAGCCGGCUCUCGCCCACAACGCACGCCCGUGCCCGGAUUGCCAGCGGGCACACGACGAGGCCUUCUUGGCGCUCGUGGCGCAGCGCAUCCAGGACGAAGAGGACGAUUUUGCCGCCUGCAUGAACGUCAUCAACAGCUACUGGGCAAGCCAGCAAUGA